UGUGCCUUGUCUUCUUGUCUGCUGAAUUUCUCAUCUUCUUGUCUGCUGAAUUUCUCAGGAACAGUAAAUUCACAGACACAAAUGGAAGAAACAAUGCAAAGUGUCUAUCAAAUUAAUUACUGAGUGAGUUGAAAAUAAUAAUAAGAAGAAGCUCAAUGGGUUUUGGUGGUUCCUCCUUUUGCUUCUCAUCAUCAUCUUCUUCUUCAAGCUUUUCUUUGCAACACACAGUUCUACCUUUAAAGAGAAGAAAUUGCUUCUUACAAACCUGCUUUUCUGUAUCUUAUCACAAAUUUGUUGAUUUUGCUUUGGAAGAAACCAAUCUCCAUACUUCCUUGCUCCCUUCUCCUUUACAGGAGAAAUAUAAUUCCCUGAAUUCUACGGAUGGUAAAGGAACGCUUAGUAUGCUAUCAUUUGAAGCUGCCAAGAUUAGGCUUCUGCGAAGUUUGAUCAUCGAGACAGAAAAAAUGCAGGUUUUGGACUUUGCUGUCUUUCCAAAAGCUGAGUAUGAUGUCCCCAUAUUUUGUGCCAACAUUUUCACGUCCGCGAAAACAAAUAUCGUUGUGUUGGACCUUAACCCCUUGCAUGAUAUCAUCAAUCAGGAUGAUUACAAGGAAAAGUACUUCAAAAGUUUAAUUCCUCUUGGCCUAAAAUAUGCUGAGCAUUUUCCAUGGGGAGGGAAGCUCACUAGUGAGUCUAUUAAAUUUUUUUCGCCGAUUGUCAUUUGGACAAGGUUUACUUCAAGCCCACAAAAGUAUGAUAUUCUAUAUUCAGCUUUCAGAGAUUAUUACAAGGUAUGGUUGGAGUUGAUAGACGCUGCAGUAGAAGAGACAGAUGAAUAUCAAAUUUCCCGCAAUCUUGAAGCACAACAUAGAUAUCUGGCAUGGAGAACCGAAAAGGAUCCGGGACAAGCUGUUUUGAAGAAGCUGAUCGGGGACACACUUGCAAAGGAUUUAUUAAGAAGCUUUCUCUUCAACGGAGUCGAUGAACUAGGAAGUAAAACAUUCGAUGACUAUUUUCCACACUACCAUGGCGAGGAAGGAAGUUUAAAUAAGAAAGGCGGUGUUGUUGGAAAGUCUUUUGAAAAUCGUCCGUGGGAUGCACGAGGAAAUUUCCUUGGUCAAUGAGUACUGGAGCUUUGCACUCGAACUGGAUAAAUUUCUGAUUUGCUCUGCAAGCAAAUGUUGGGUUUUUGGGGCAAAUUGUAUCCAAGAUGAAUGCUUGGUUGAAUCAAUAACCAACAUGGUUGAAUCAAAUAAUUUGUCACCUACAUUGGGAUUAUGGAUUUCGAAUGUUAAUUUUUCUAGGUUCUGUUGAUCAUUUUGUAAUUGAAUAUUUAUUGAAAUGUUUUUGACUAUCGUGUCUGAUUCGAGCCUAUGCAAUAUAGUUCGAACCACGAUAUAAUUUGGAUAGGAAUUUGGUUAAUGUCAUUCAUUAUAAGUAUCAUUCAUUUUGAACAUUUUUAUUAGGUCAUCGGCCAUGCGAUAGCAUGUAUAUGAUAAGCAUCUCAUAAUUUUUUUUAAUGAAAAGCUGUAAGAUAGAUUAAAUUUCAAUUUUUUUACUCUAUAAAUUUGUUGUGUAUGGUGAUGAUAAUGUCGAAUUAUAUCAUGGAUAUAGAAGAAUAUGCUAACUCAUACUUCAUCAACGACUUAAACCAUGUUUCGAGUGAUCUUCAUUGCCAUGUCGAGGUAAUGGCUUCUGCUUAAUUUUGUUUCAUGUUUGAUCAAGAAAAGUCCAAUAUGUAGUAUCAUAUGAGUUUGUGGUUUGUAAACAAAGAUAGUUGACUGGAGACAACCUUAUUUCAAUUAGCUUUCUCCUUUUUACCUCUCUCAAGUCUUAACCUCUUUACUAUCAUUUACAGCCAGAGUGACAAAUAAUAAAUACGUCGUC